GUACACGUGUGGAGUGAAGAUCGGCGUAUAUUUUAUAAGUGAACGAAACCUUGUUUACCAUUUGAUCAGUUAAAUAAUAAUAGUUUUUUUUUUAAAUAUGAGUUUUCAGAACGGUAAAUACAGUAACGGCAAUCGCAAAGGAAAAUCUUCCGUAAUUCUAAAAAAUCCGCAUUUGCACCAUCUUGACCAGGAUGUAUUAUAUCACUUGGCUUUAGGAACAGGAAGUCAUGACUUUGAGAAAAUGUUUGGCGAUAUUAAGUUUGUGUGUAUGGGAGGAACUGCAAAUCGUAUGGAAACUUUCGCCAAAUAUAUGCUUUCAGUUUUGGAUAUUCAAUUGCCUACAGGAUCAGCUUUGUAUGAUAUGAUUCAAUCUUCUCAUAGAUAUUCUAUGUAUAAAGUUGGGCCUGUACUUUGUGUUAAUCAUGGAAUGGGUGUUCCAUCUCUAAGUAUUUUAUUGAACGAAGUAAUGAAAUUGUUGCACUAUGCAGGGGCAAAAGACCCCAUAAUGUUUCGUAUAGGCACCAGCGGAGGAAUUGGCGUUGACCCUGGUACUGUGGUUAUUUCUAAUAAAGCUGUUGAUGGCUUGUGCAGACAAGUUCACGAAAUGUAUAAUCUUGGCAAAGUGGAACAUCGUCCAGCAAUAUUAGAUGAAAAUUUGGCAAAAGAUAUUCAGAAAAUGGCGCAAGAUGAUGAUCCAUUCCAGACGGUUUUAGGGACGACAAUGUGUGCACAUGAUUUCUACGAAGGUCAAGGCCGCUUGGAUGGUGCCUUCUGCAGUUAUACAGAGUCGGAGAAGACGAAUUUUUUGGAGCAGUUAUUCGCCAAAGGCGUACGGAACAUCGAAAUGGAAAGCACUGUAUUUUCGGCAUUUACUCAUCAUGCUAACGUCAGGGCCGCUAUUGUUAAUGUAACAAUAGUCAAUAGAUUGGAAGGAGAUCAGAUAAGAAAUUCAAAGCAACAAUUAUUGGAAUAUCAAGACCGCCCACAGAUUAUAGUCGGAAGAUACAUAAAAAAGUGCUUGCAGUCGCAAUAA